GGUGUUACUUCUGGGCGAGGUAACUGUCACAAGUAAUCUGCAAGGUGUGCAGGUUGAGAAGCCAUGGCUUACCAAAGCUUUCUGCUGGAGCCAAUCAGCUGCCAUGCCUGGAACAAGGACAGAACCCAACUCGCCAUCUGUCCCAACAACCAUGAAGUUCACAUCUAUAAAAAAGAUGGCAUGAAGUGGAGCAAAGUUCAUGAGCUGAAGGAACACAAUGGACAGGUGACAGGCAUCGACUGGGCCCCUGAAAGCAACCGGAUCGUGACUUGUGGGACAGACCGCAAUGCCUAUGUCUGGACCCUGAAGGGGAAUGUGUGGAAGCCGACCUUGGUCAUCCUCCGGAUCAACCGUGCCGCUCGCUGUGUGAAGUGGUCUCCAAAAGAGAACAAGUUUGCUGUAGGCAGUGGUUCCCGACUCAUUUCCAUCUGCUACUUUGAGCAAGAGAAUGACUGGUGGGUAUGCAAACAUAUCAAGAAGCCCAUUCGCUCGACAAUCCUUAGCCUGGACUGGCAUCCCAACAAUGUCCUCUUGGCGGCUGGCUCCUGCGAUUUCAAGUGCAGGAUUUUCUCUGCCUACAUUAAAGAGGUGGAGGAACGGCCCAUGCCUACUCCCUGGGGGUCCAAGAUGCCUUUUGGGGAGCUCAUGUUUGAGUCGGCAAGCAGCUGCGGCUGGGUCCACAGCAUCUGUUUCUCAGAGAGCGGGAACCGUGUGGCAUGGGUUGGACAUGACAGCACCAUCUGCCUAGCUGAUGCCAACAAGAAAAUGGCGGUGGCUUCCCUGUCCACAGAGACUCUCCCCCUCCUGGCUGUGACCUUCAUCACUGAGAACAGCUUAGUGGCUGCAGGCCAUGACUGCUGCCCGAUGCUGUUUACUUAUGACGAGCAGCAAGGCACACUGACUUCUGGAGGGAAGCUGGACGUCCCCAAACAAAACUCACAGCGUGGCCUAACAGCUCGCGAACGCUUCCAAAACUUGGAUAAAAAGGCCAGCUCUGACACUGUCAAUGCUACUCUGGACACACUCCACAAGAAUAGUAUCAGCCAAAUAUCGGUGAUUGCUGGAGGGAAAGGAAAUUGUUCAAAGUUCUGCACCACAGGAAUGGAUGGAGGCAUGAGCAUCUGGGAUAUCAAGAGCUUGGAAUCGGCUAUGAAGGGCCUCCAGAUCAAGUGAGUAGGCAAGUGGAAAUGAAGCCAUUGCAGCAGCGUUUCUUCCCCGCCUCCCCGAGACCAGAAAGAUGCCGGCUAUCAGCUUAGCUGAUGGUGCCUGCUUCCUCCUAUGAAGACAAUUCCAUCAGCUACAAGCUUUGCAGUUUCUCUUUCCCUCGCAGGGGACAGAAAUAUAAGGAAAAGAAUAUAUAUAUUAUGCCAUGCUAAAUAAAAGACACAAGAUAUGCUGGUCAUAA